CUCCUCUGGCUCGUUUACUCUAUUGGGGUCUUUCUCCAUGGGUUUCCCAGUAGGUUACACAGAGCUCUUCCUUCCAAAGGUCCUUGUUCACACACUUUCCUUUCUGGGUUUCAUCAGAAAAAUCAUAUGCUGGCUAUUUCGAUUCGUGGGUUUGGGGGAUUUUCUUGAGCCCGACAUUGCUUGGGUAGACCGACCUACCCAUCCUACUGAAUUUCAUUCUGUAUCUGCCGUUCUGAUCCGAGAAAUCCUACCGGUAGUUAAGUUCGAUGACUUGAUCUCUAGCGGCGACGGUGAAACGCCGGACAGCUGCGCUGUUUGUUUGUAUGAGUUCGAGGGCGGAGAAGAGAUCAGACAGUUAACGAACUGCCGACAUAUCUUUCACAGGUGCUGCUUGGAUCGUUGGAUGGAUCAUGAUCAGAAAACUUGCCCACUUUGUAGAACCCCUUUCAUACCUGACGAGUUGCAGGACGCGUUCAACGAACGGCUCUGGGCUGCUUCCGGUAUUCCAGAUUAUUACGGCGAGUACUCUUCGGUUUCGGGUUUGUAGCUUUUGAUUUUGA